AUGCCGUCCCCAACAAGGAACGACACCCCACAUAGCACGGAUCCGCCGGGGACACACCAUCAGCAGCCCACCACGCUGCCACCACCAGCUGCUGCCAUCGCCGGGACUCUUGCUGAUCCUGAGGUGGUGAAGAUGGCUAAUCGAAUGGGAACUACAUACCUUGCAAAACUUGUGGCCAAAUGUGGUGGGCUUCCAAAAGUAGUGUGUGCUAUAGCCAAAGUAUCGUGGUCAUUGUUGGAGCAUAUGAAUGACGACUUUAUGGUCAAAUUGGAGAAUGACCCUCAGUUUCAUAGUUUGAGCAGUCUAUUAUCUUGGAUGCAUUCCUAUUUUAAUGCUUGUUCAGAUUUGGUAAAGCCAUGUAUCUUCUACCUUUCUGUCUUCCCUGCAAGCAGCAAAAUAAGGCAGGGCCGUUUAGUGAGGAGAUGGAUCGCUGAGGGCUACUCCAGGAACAGACCUGGUUGCACCGCAAGGGAGGAUGCUCAAAAGCGUUUUUCUGAGCUUGUUGAGUUGAGCAUAAUCCAGCAAGCAACAAGCAAGGUCAUAUGUCAAGUCAAUGGUUUCUUCCGUGAAUACAUCAUCUCGCGGCCAAUGGAGGAUAAUCUUGUUUUUGCAUUGGACGGGCGUUGCAAUCCAAACACACAACGCACAGGACAACACCUGACCAUAAUGGCAGACUGGCACAGGGACCAAAUUGCAUUUGAGAGCAUCGACUUUGCACGACUGCGAUCUUUGACAGUGUUUGGGGAAUGGUAUUCAUUCUUUAUCUCCGGCAAGAUGAGGCGGCUCCGAGUGCUGGACCUAGAAGGCAUGGUAGCUCUAACAAAUGAAGAUAUUGAGCAGAUCUUUGUGAAGUUGUUGAGCCUCAAGUUCAUCUCCCUACGGGGAUGUAGGGAAAUUAGUCGUCUGCCACAUACAUUGGGAGGUCUGAGGCAGCUACAGACUCUUGAUGUAAGAUUCACAUCCAUAGUCAAGUUGCCAUCUGCUAUCAUCAAGCUACAUAAGCUGCAAUACAUACGUGCUGGUGCCAUUGUAUUGCCAGAUGAAGAUUGGAAAUCCGCAUCAACAGAAGAUGAACUAGAAGGCCGUGAUAGCAGUGUAUCUUCAGGGCGGCCAGCAGUACCAACAUGCACUGAAAAUGGCAUUGCCAAGAGCCCAGCACAGGCAACAACAUCACAAGAAGCCCAGCACAGGCCAGUGGUGCCAAAGGUGGGGAGAUUGGCACAUACCUGGAGCUUGUGUGGGUCGAAACGAAAGAAAGAGGCCCAACAUCAUAAUGGUGGUGUUGGGGUCCCUGUAGGGAUUGAAAGCCUUACGGCCUUGCACACUGUUGGUGUGGUGAAUGUCAAUGCAUCAGGUGGGGAGGCCUUUCUGAAGCACCUCGCAAAACUAACCCAAUUGCUCAAGCUCAGAGUGUCCGGCAUCAAUAGGAAAUUUCUAGGUCGGGCACACAUUGUCCAGGAGCACCUCGAUGUUGGUGUGCUCUGUCGGCAAGUGGGUCAAGAGCUCGCUGUUGUAAGGCUUGAGCAUGGCUGUGGAAAUCUGCAGUAG